AUGGGAGAGGAGUUGGUGGAAAAUGGAGAUGGAGUGGAACCUCAGACUGUGCGGGACGGUGCCGUCCUUCCAACAGAUAAAAGGUUUCCCUGUACUGAGUGUGGGAAGAGUUUCUGUUCUAAAUUCAAACUUAAUUUGCAUAAAAGAUCUCACACCGGAGAGAAGCCAUAUUCCUGCCCUGAUUGUGGGAAAUGUUUUUCAGAUAAGUCCAAAUUGUAUAGACACCAGAGAAUGCACAUGGGGGAAAAACCGUACUCCUGUCCUGAGUGUGGGAAAUGUUUUUCAGAGAAGUCCAAACUCAGCAGACAUCAGAGGUCUCACACAGGUGAGAAGCCGUAUUCCUGUCCUGAGUGCGGUAAAUGUUUUUCACGGAAGUCUAUUCUUAGCAGACAUCAGAGAUCACACACAGGUGAGAAGCCGUAUUCCUGUACUGAGUGCGGGAAAUGUUUUGUGCAAAAAACAGAACUUAUUGCACAUCAGAUGUCUCACACGGGGGAGAAGCCGUUUUCCUGUCCUGAGUGCGAGAAAUGUUUUUCAAGGAAGUCCAAUCUUUACACACAUCAGAGAUUGCAUACGGGAGAAAAGCCAUAUUCCUGCACUGAGUGCGGGAGACGUUUUGUAAAAAAUUCUGAACUUGUCACACAUCGGAGGUCUCACACGGGGGAAAAGCCGUAUUGUUGUCCUGAGUGCGGGAAAUGUUUUUCAGAUAAGUACAGUUUUUUUAAGCACCAGAAAUUUCACAUGGAGGAGAAGCCAUAUUCAUGUUCUGAAUGCGGGAAAUGUUGUGUACAAAAAUCAGAACUUGUCGCACAUCAGAGGUCUCACACGGGGGAGAAGCCAUUUCCCUGUCCUGUGUGCGGGCAAUGUUUUUCACAAAAGAACAACCUUUACAGACAUCAGAAGUUGCAUACGGGAGAAAAGCCCUAUACUUGUACUGAUUGCGGGAAAUGUUUUGUACAAAAUUCACAUCUUGUCAUACAUCGGAGGUCUCACACGGGAGAAAAGCCGUAUUGUUGUCCUGAGUGCGGGAAAUGUUUCUCUGAGAAGUACAGUUUUAAUAAACACCAGAGAUCUCACAUGGAAGAGAAGCCGUAUCCCUGUUCUGAGUGCGGGAAAUGUUUUCCAGAUAAGUCCAGUUUUUAUAACCAUCAGAGAUCUCACACGGGGGAGAAGCCGUAUUCCUGUCCUGAUUGCGGGAAAUGUUUUUCACAGAAGUCCAGUCUUUACAAACAUCAGAGGUUGCACACCGGAGAGAAGCCUUAUUCCUGUAAUGAGUGCGGGAAAUGUUUUUCACAGAAGUCCACUCUUUCCACACAUCAGAGAUUGCACACAGGGGAAAAGCCGUUUUCCUGUACUGAGUGCGAGAAAAGUUUUACAGUGAAGUCCGCUCUUACUGCACAUCAGAGAUUGCACACGGGGGAGAAGCCAUUUUCCUGUACUGAGUGCGGGAAAUGUUUUACAGUGAAGUCCGCUCUUACUGCACAUCAGAGAUCUCACACGGGAGAGAAGCCGUAUUCCUGUCCUGAGUGA